CCUGGAGCAGCCCCUGCUCUGGUCAGUCAGGGAACAGAAAACUGCUUAUCUAGUGGACAGUAUAUCUGUUUGUCUCCCAAAAAGGUUGGUGAUGACAUCGCCAAGGCAACAGGUGACUGGAAGGGGCUGAGGAUCACAGUGAAACUCACUAUCCAGAACAGGCAAGCUCAGAUGGAGGUUGUCCCUUCUGCCUCUGCCCUGAUCAUCAAAACCCUCAAAGAGCCUCCCUGUGACAGGAAGAAGCAGAAGAACAUUAAACACAGUGGCAGUGUCAGCUUUGAUGAGAUAGUAAACAUCGCACGCCAGAUGAGGCACAGGUCUUUGGCCCGGGAGCUCUCUGGAACUAUUAAGGAGAUUCUAGGAACUGCUCAGUCUGUUGGCUGCAAUAUUGAUGGCAGACAUCCUCAUGAUGUCAUCGAUGACAUCAACAGUGGCACAAUAGAGUGCCCAGCUAGCUGAGACAGAAGCCAGGAAGAACUCCCAACAUGAAAGCUGAUUAAGAUUUUUUGUGACAAUUACGAACCCUCAGUAAAACCUGCAGUUGUCUGAGAA